GCCCCCCAUGUCUGAUUUUCUGUCCCUUGAAAAACUGGAUCUUAGCUUCAAUUGUCUAUCAGAGCUAUGUAACGUAUGUGAGAAUCUGGAGGGUUGUGAGUUCCUGCAAGUCCACCUCAUGGGGAAUCCUCUUCAGCAUGAGAGUGGCUGGAGAUCUACACUGCAGAGAGUGGUGCCUGGCCUGAGGACCAUUGACAGCCAGCAGACAGACUCCUUUCUCUCAUCCCCUGCUGUUCAACGGGUCAGCUUGGCCUCGGGCUCCUUCCUGACUUUCUGUCAGGCUCAGCUUCAGCAGACACACAGCUUGCAGCAGAGUCACAGCAGGGAGCUCAGCAAUGCUUCAUCUCCCUUGGAAGCUUUGAAAAAUGUCUGCCAGCACUUCACUAUGACCCUGAAGCUGGCUGAGAACCAGAGACUUGCCCAGGAAUAUGGUGACACCACUGUGUGUGAUGAACACUGGGUUGUAGACCAAACACCACUAGAGCAAACUCCGCACAUGGACAGUGUCAUUGCUGAAAAUUGUACUGAAUUCCCAAAAAUGAAGGACAAUAACCGAACACCAACAGUCUUUCCAAGUGUGGACAACAUCAGAUGCAGCUACUGGAGUUUAGAAGACAAUCCAGCUGCAGAGAGUCAGUGUGACGCAUUAGACAGCGUUACAGUGGGUCCAAAGACAGGACCGACAGUUACCAAAACCAACUGUGACAGCAUUCACGUCUUUGCAACAAUGGGAAAAACCAACUCCUUCAGUUUUGAUAAAUCACCUGUGCUCAACCAUCAAGACUCAGACCUGAAAAACGCAGCAGCAGUCGUGAUUCAGCAGUGGUGGAGGAAGUACAAGGGGAACAUUAAUGCUCCCUCCUUCUCAGAAAAGGGAGGAGAGGGGGGAGAGAGAGGAGGAGAUGGAGGAACGCCAGAGUCAGGACCUUCCUACAUUAACAAGAGAGCUGUUGGCCGUGACUAUGCAGCAACUGUCAUCCAGGCAUUUUGGAGGAGCUUCACUCUGAGGAGGAGGCUUGCAUCUGCUCUUGCUGCUGUCAAAUGCCCCGGCGAUGGAGAGGAUGACACUUUUGAGGAGGUGGAUGAAUUUGUCUUUGAUGAGGCAGCACUGGAGAAACAUUGGGCUCUAACCCUUUCUGAGGACUCACCUGCCACACACUACCCUGUUUCGGAGCAGCCACUAUCUCUGAAGCCUCUUAGUUCCUGUCUUAAUCGCUCCCAGUUCAUAUUCCCUCCACCACUUGUACAGAGCCCAAGACAGGCCUGGGUAUCUGGGGAACAUGUGGACUUGGCUGCACAAAGAAUUUCACCAGAGAUUUCCAACAGAAUCACAUCUCCUCCUUCAACCUCAGUGCUUAGUGGUCUCUCCGAAAGAUCAGAAAAGAUUAUGGAAGAAUGGGGCUUCACUGACAGCCACACAGCUCUUCUGAUGCUGAAGAGAGCUCAGAAGAUGAAGUCGAAGAAACAGCAGCAGAAAAAACACAGGGAUCCCUUUGUCCGUCUUGCCUUGUUCAAAAACUGCAAUUACCAAACUGGUCCAGUGGCGGCACGGAACAGGCUUACACGACACGACGGAAAUUAUGUAAAAGUUGGUGAGGCCGAGCUUGGCCUUCAGCAAGCAGAGAAGACGGAGCAAAUGAAGCUGGGACAGGCACAGCAAUGUCGACACUCUGAGAGUGAGCAUUUCUUGCCAGAGAUAAACUCAUCCAUUCUGAGCGGAGGCAGAGUGCAGCUCGUUGCUGACCCAGCAUACGCAGACUGUCAUCACCACACCGGUGGAUUGUGGGCCAACAGCAGUUUCUCUGCCCAGCCUUGCAAAGUGAAAUGCUCGCCUCGCAGAAACUCCUUGGGUCAUGCAAGGAAAGAAGUCCCAUCUCCAAAGCGAGUCACGUCUGCUCCGUCAAAGAAGGAGCGCAUCUCCUUCCGAGAUAACCCUGUCCAACUGAGCGGCGGCUGGGGCGGAGGCAAGAAGAAGGACAGAGUGUACAAGUAAAACACAAACUCUUUCUCAACAACAGACCCUCUUUCCUGCGCCGAUACGUCUCCCUGCAAAAAAUCUGUACACUGAACCACCUCACAGCCACGGUGGAUUUUGUUAUCAUGUAAGCAUGCUGUCUUGGACAACAGAACAAAUUUGAUGUAUUAAAAUAUUAAAUCUUACAUGUUUAAGGCUAUUUCUUCAAUGAAAAGCUGGCCUGUUUUAUUUUUGUUUGUUUUUUUACUGCCUGCGCUGAAUUCUCCCGCAGCUGUUCUUUUUAAACUCUGCUGAAAACUCAUGCUCCCUCUUCUGAAAAUUAAUUAAGACCAAUAGGACCUGGCCCAGCCCAAAUAACUUGAGGCGCUUCCAUUAUGACCAUUCUGCUCAAGUAUCACUGCCUGAACUUGAUCACAGCCAGCUAGCACUAAAACACAUGGAACAAAGUCAGAAACCUUGAAUAAAUGACACGCUUCGUAUGCAAAUGAUGGCAGGAAAUAAGAACCGGGGCCUUUAAUACCUGUGGAUUCAUGUUUCUUACGAUGUUAAAAUGUUGUUUCCGUGCUGAUUUAGAAAUAGAGUCUUGCUUCUUCCAUUUCUUUUGUGCUCUCUAAAGAGUGAACUUUAAUAAAGGCUGGAAAUUUAAGUACA